CCCACGCGCUGUUGCCGUUGAUGCUUUUGCGAAUUUGUACUUCGUGUGUGCUCGUGUCGGCUCAUUUGUUCGUAUCGUCCGACGUUCACGUGCAAGUGUAUGUGUGUCUGUGCAAGUAUUUUAGCUCAUUUGCAGUUUUCCAUAGUGGCGCAGCGUCAAUCAAAAUCAAACGUUUGCCGCGUUUGGUUCGUCGUGUCGUUUCGUCUCGUGUGUGCUUGUGUUGUAUGCGAUUUUUUUCUAUCGCCGUGUUUCAAGUUAUAGCGCGCAAAUGCCACAAGAAAAAAUUCAAUUGAAUUUGCCAGCUUGUUACGCAUUUCCAAACAACGAAUUUUCCACAACAAUAAAAGUUGUAAAAGCAGCAGCAGCAACAUAAAGCGCAAAAAAAAACAGCAACAAGUCACACAAAUAACAACAAAUUGUUGCUGCUGCCUCGGUGGACUGGUUUAUGUAUUUUCUUCGCUCUCUUCUCGUGCUCGUGCUCGUGCUCGUCUAUUCGUGCGUGUUCGCGUCUUUGUCGGUGUGAGUGUACGUUUACGUGUAUUUGUGUGUGCAAAAUAACAACAACAUUUUCCACAGCUGUUUACAACUCAAAGCAUAUAAAAUUAUUAAACGCUAACAUGCAACUGCAACAGCAGUUGCCACAAGUGGCAACCCUUGCGCUACUCAAAUAAAAACCAAGUGCAACAUAAACAAUUCCAGGUGUUAAAUAACUCUAGUGUGCAAGCAAAGUAAAACAACAAUAAUAAUAACAACUUGAUGUAAAUAAACGAAAGCUGCAAUUUGUUGAGCAAUGGCGGCAGCUACAGUGAGCUCCCAUUUGGAGGCACCAGCGAACAAUGUGGAUUUGGGGUGUGGCAGUUGCGAUUACUACGAGAGCUGCGAUGCAUCGACGGCCACUGUGGACACCGAUGACACUAGCGAUGAGACAACAGCGAUACUUAUCGAUAACAGCACACAAACUGAGGAUGAUGAUGACGAUGAAGAAGAUGAAGAAGGCGGGAAUGGGGAAAUCGAAGAGGAAGCACAACGAAAAGAGACGGCAAGAUCGCCGUUGCCAAAAAUUUUGGAAGAGUUGGAAGUUGAAGCUGAUGCUGAAAGCGAAACGCCAAAUUGUAUACGAAACAAUCAGAAUCUAAAUAAUAAUAAAAGUGUUGACGAAGAGCAAGAUGAAGCUGUGGAAGUAAAAGAGGAAGCAGAAGAGGAGGAGGAGGAGGAGGAAGUGGAUCAUGUGGCUAGGCUAACUGGCUUGGCCCUAGAGAUGGGCUAUGCACGCAUUAUCGAUUACGAUAACUUUCGCAUCAUCGAGCACGUUAUCGAGAGCGACGAUGAGCCAGAUGCUGCUGCUGCUGCUGCUGCUGCUGCUGAUGACCACGCUGACGAAGAUGACAACGACGAUGAUGAUGACGAUGAAGAUGUGGUGGAUAAUGUAAAAGUGCCACAAGUUUGUCAGGAUUUGGUGGCUUUCAUCGAUGAAAGCUAUCAGUUAAUCGACAAGGCCGAAGGCAGCAAUGGAAAUGAAGCAACGCCAGCAGCGCAGCAGAAUGUGGUCGAUAACAACAAUAACAAUCGCAGCGGUACAGUGGAUCAACGCAUCACAAAGAGCACAGUACGUAAAGUUCAAAUUGCAAUCAACAAGUCCGAGGAAGCGAAACACCAACAACAACAACAACAGCAACAGCAACCAACGCCCACAACAUCCAAUAACGCUUUGAUUAAAGCAUACAAAUCGAAUCUAACGCCAUUGGCGCCGCCAUUUCAGCCAGCGGCACUCAAGUCGCAGCUGCAGCAGUCGCUGGUCGCCAGCAGCAGCAGCAACGGAAGCAAUGGCAGCAAUGGCAACUGCAGUUUGUCAAUGGCUACAACAACAGCGCUCAGCAGGAGCACGCUUUAUGCGGCAUAUGAGCAGACAACAGUUUAUUAUCAGCAGCAUGCUCAUUCCCCGCAACAUCCGCAACAACAACAGCAACAGCAACAGCAGCAGCAACAACAACAGCAGCAGCAGCAACAACAACAACAGCAACAGUUGUCGCCAAAGCAUCAGCAUUGUGCUCAACAUGGCGGCAUACCGCACAUUCAUCUGCAGUCAAACAAUGGAACACAACUGCUGCCCGUGCAAUUGAUUACAUUGACGCCAACGGCAACGGCUGCAACGGCCACAUCAGCAGCAACUGCUGCUGCUGCUGCUGCCGCUGUUGCUGCUGCAGGCGCCGCUGCCGCUUGGCCACUUGUGGAGGCGCCAAUUUACAUGGAUAUCAAUGGCGAGUAUCGCAGCUAUUGUCCGGCUCAUGGGCCGCCAGGCGCCAAUGGGCAACCAUUGCUGUCGCAUCACCAGCAGCAUCACACACAUCAUCAUCAUAAUCAUCAACAGCAGCAGCAGCAGCAACAGCAGCAGCAGCAGCAUGCACAUCACGCGCCACAUCAUCAUCAUCCACAUCUUCAGCAACAGCAACAUCAGCAGGAGCAGCAACUGAAUCUCGCGAAGCAACAUUUGACACCGUCGACGGCUGCGGCGGCUGUUGUAACAAAUGUUAAUGGAAAUAUCGGCCAGGCGGCAGCAACUGCGCCCCAAUUGCAACUCUUGCAAUUGGAAGCCGUUGUCCAGCAGCAACAGCAACAACAACAACAACAGCAACAGCCACCACAACAACGUCACCAACAACAACAGCAGCAACAACAACAACAACAACAACAACCAAUUGCUGUUGCUGGCAAACGCAGCAAACUUUAUCGAGGCCCAAUUCAAUGGUUUCUUAUAAAAGGGUAUUAUAGUUGCUGUCAACAGUAAAUAUAUUUUAG